CUCGUGUUAUUAAUAAUGGCAAGAUUUGUUUUAUCCGCAAACCAAACUUGUAUUAGCAACUUGUCGGACAUAGAAGCAACAGAAAAGUUUCAACGAAAAUGGCAGCCAAGUCCGGUCUUGAUGUGUAUGUAAAAUUGCCGACAGGCAGAAACUGUCAGUAUGACUUGCUCCCGACUGCCACCAUCCGCACUGUCUGUGAGCGUGUCGCGCGGGAAGAGGAAGUGGCUGAAGAGGUGGUCCGCAUAAAAUACCAGGGGAAAGUCCUCAACAAGUCCCUCUCGCUGGACUAUCUCGGAGUUCGGGCAGAGACUAUCCUGAAGGCUGAGAUAGUCACUCCAAAGCUGCUGAACUUGCUGGUAAAGUUCCCGGAUGGCCGCACUGAGGAGUAUGCCAUGCAGAAUACAAACAAUUUCCGCCACCUACAAAACAAAAUAGCAGAGGCGGAAUGUGUGUCGUUUACCAACGUCGUCCUCAAGAGUGAAGGGAGACAACUCCUAGAUGUUACUUUGUUGGAUGCGGGGAUCACCGAUGGCUCUGUUAUCAAAGUGGAAAUUAAAAAAGUCGGAUCUGAAAUAUCGGAGGGUGCGUCAGCGACCCCGGUGUCUGAGGAGAUCAACCAGGAACACCUGUGUGAGAUCAUGGGUAGUUUUGACAAUGGAGGCCGGCGAGUGGAGGUCGUAUUUUCCUUCGACACAACAGGGAGCAUGUACAGCUGUUUAAAUGAGGUCCGACGGAAGCUGCGAGACACGUGUUCGCGCCUCAUCGCCGACAUCCCGUCCAUCAGGAUCGGCCUCAUUGCCCAUGGAGACUACUGUGACCAAGACUCCCAAUACGUCCUGCGGUCGAUUGACCUGACGUCAGAUGUCCAGAGACUGGUCAGUUUCACCAUGGAUGUACCGCAGACAGGCGGCGGCGACACUCCCGAGUGUUAUGAGUGGGUGCUCCGCAAGGCUCAGCAACUCGACUGGUCUGAGGAGUCGGCCAAAGCACUGGUGGUGAUCGGAGACGCCGAACCCCACCCCCCAUCGUACACUGACCAGAACAUCAACUGGAAGGACGAACUGGACGUGCUGACAGGCAUGGGCGUCAAGGUGUAUGGGGUGAAAGCGAACUCUAGUUCAGCAUCUGCCAAACCUUUCUACGAAGAACUUGCCGAGAGAUCCGGGGGAUGCUUCUUGGAGCUCCGUCACUUCAACGUCAUCACAGAUAUGUUUCUGGCAGUAUGUUACCGGGAGUCUAAUGAAGAGCAACUGGACGCCUUUGAGCGAGAGAUUGAAGAGAAGGGGGAAAUGACGGAGGAAAAGAAAGAAAUGUUCAAACAAUUGGAGGAAAAAUCGCCCGAGACGAAAGCUAAAGCGAAAAAAGAGCGCAACGUGCUAUCCGACUGGUGGAAUGUAUCACACGCCACGGGCACUCCCCAGUUCUCCUACCAAGCGAAUGACGAUCAGUGGGUUAAAUACGUAGCUCCUUGCAGUAGUUACAGGCCGACGUUUGGAGCAUCGACUUCUUCCUCAGCACGAGUUCCGUCAUCUCUUCCCUCAUCAACUGUCUCACAGAGAAAGAACAAACGAAAGCGGGCUUGCGUCGUCAUGUGAAGUGAGCUUCCGACUGUCUUCAUCUGUUACUUGUGUUGCCAGCACAAUGUCGCCAACACGUCUUGACUUGACACUCACGUCACACGUGUUUUUAGAACUUGUUUAUGGCUCAACAAAACCGGCUCCUAUUUUGCACCUGAUUUGCAUCAAGUUCGACGGAAGAGUGCUCUGUAUGCGGUUGAUGGAACAUAAUUAAGUCAGAGUGUCAGCACUGAUUGUUACAUGGUAAAUGGGACCCUGCACGCGCGCUUUCACCAGCAGCUACUUUCAGAUAAUCCUGAAGUUCGUGAAAAUAUACACUGAUCGUAUGACACAAUGGAAAUCAUAUAGAAACAGCCGAAAUUGUGAAAAUCAGUGCUCCGGUAGUUUCAUAUCUAUGAAAUUGUACAGAUUCAAAUGUUAGAUUACAACUCUGGCUUUUAACCAUAUUUGAUGAAGCUAUCUGGGCAUAUUCGUGUAUAUACGGAAAUUUAUAGUUGUUGCCUUACUUUUUUCCUUCAGAAUAUGAAUAAGACUUGCUGUGUUGCGGGGGUUGGGGGAGGCACAGGUGGCCCAGUUGUAAAUUCGCCGCAAUUUGCUGUGCAGAUCAUCACUUCGAGCUUUCCUCCCACAUUAAGCUGACACGCCGUGAUAUAACUGGAAUACUGUUCAAAGCGGCGUUAACCCCAACUCACUCACUCACUCAGACUUGCCGAAAAAGUAUUACAGCCCGUGUAACUUGGUUCGUUGAGCUCGCCGUACAUUCCAGCAUGGAUUGUUGAUCCUGCUGUGAUUGGUUGUUGGAUUGUUUGUUGUUUAACGCCGCACUCAGCAAUAAAUAUUCCAGAUUUAUGACGGCGGUCUGUAAAUUAUCGAGUCAUUGACAUCAUGAGCAUCGAUCCACGCAAUUGGGAUACGAUGACAUGC